AUGUCGCCGUGCCGGGUGAUCUGCUCCGCGCUGCUGCUUGCGGGUUUGCUAUGUGGUCCCGUAUCUGGCGACCCGGAGACCCGGCGUCCUGACCACAAGCCGGUCCGGCUAUUCACAGACGACGAUCUGACCCGAUACAACGGGGAGCAGGAAGAUGAGCCGAUUUACAUGGCAGUGAAGGGCGCGGUGUUCGAUGUUUCAGCUGGAAAAGAGUUCUAUGGGAAGGGAGCUCCAUACAAUGCACUGGCAGGAAAAGACUCUACAAGGGCUGUUGCCAAAAUGUCUCUGGAUCCAAUGGACCUCACUUAUGAGACGACCGGUCUGACUGAGGAGCAGCUGAAGUCUUUGGAUGAUAUUUUUGAGAACGUCUACAAGAAAAAGUACCCCAUUGUUGGUUACACCUCCAGACGAAUCCUGAACAAGGACGGGAGCCACAAUCAAAACUUCAAGCCCGAUGAUCAGCCCCAUUUUACUAUCAAAGAUGAAUUUUGA